CCUCAAACUCGGCUCAGACUCGUGGAGUUGCUCCCACACUCGUAUUGUUUGGAUUGUUCCCCACAUUUUGAAAUCCACACUCCGUCUUUACUUUCCGUCUCUGUCAUUUCAGGCACAGAGGAGACCAAAAUAUUAAAUUAUACACAGAUUAAAAGGGAUGCACAGAUUAGAAGGUUCCAGCUGAAGCCCGAAGUAGAACAUUCGUCUCUCCACAAAAUUAUUUUUAGCACCUCAAAGAGUUUUUGAGGGAGUGACGGCCGACUUUGAUCUGAUCUUUUCUUUUUAUUUAAUCUCAAACCUCGCACGCACAAUCUCAGCAGACUAAUGUCGGCUUGAUAAAUAAUAAAUUGCAUGUUUGCCCCCCUCAGAUUGAAGCUUUGGCCCCUCCGACGAGGACGAUACAGGAUGCCGGGCGGUGCCGAGAGAGCGUUAAAUAAAACAUCAGGAAACCAGGGUUCCUGUUGUCUGGCGUUGGAUUUCGGACCCGCUCACGAGACGUCGACACUCUGCUGAAGCAGCCUUAGCAUUCAGUUGUCCACAGCUGGCUUUGCCCACUGGGAGUCGAUAAUACCAGAAAUAUCAACAUUAGUUUGCCGUUCAUCACGUCGCCUACUUUGGCGUCAAACCAUUGGCAUUAGCGCUGAGCACACAUCGGCUAAGUUACCGUUAGCUGCCAGUAUGGAUCGCGGUAGCUGGAGCGGCAGUGAGAGCGCGGGGGAGGACAUGGACAGACUGAGCGACUCGGGAGGAGAUAAGACCAUGGACGGGGACCCCGAGGGCGUCUGGAGCCCCGACAUCGAGCAGAGCUUCCAGGAGGCCCUGGCCAUCUACCCGCCCUGUGGGAGGAGGAAGAUUAUACUGUCAGAUGAAGGAAAGAUGUACGGUCGAAAUGAGCUGAUAGCCAGAUACAUCAAGCUACGAACGGGCAAGACGCGGACGAGGAAACAGGUAUCCAGUCACAUUCAGGUCUUAGCCAGAAGAAAAUCCAGGGAGUUCCAGUCCAAACUAAAGGACCAGAAUGCCAAGGAGAAAGCUCUGCAGAGCAUCUCCUCCAUGUCGUCUGCUCAGAUCGUCUCAGCCACCGCCAUACACAGCAAGCUCCUGCCUGGAAUAGUACGGGCCAGCUUCCCUGGCAACGCACAGCUGUGGCAGGGGAUGAUUCCUGGAGGACAGUCCAGCUCCGCCACAGAAGAUAUCAAGCCGUUUUCUCAGCAAGCCUACUCUGUGCAGACAGCAGGGACCACCACAAUCUCAGGCUACGAGCCUCCCACUGCAGCCCAAACACACAGAGAGCCGGCGUGGCAGGGUCGCUCCAUCGGCACCACCAAACUACGACUGGUGGAGUUUUCGUCUUUCCUGGAGACGCAGAGAGACCAGGAGGCAUACAACAAGCACCUGUUCGUGCACAUCAGCCAGACCAGCCCGACCUACAGCGACCCGAUGCUGGAGUGCGUGGACAUCAGGCAGAUCUACGACAAGUUCCCCGAGAAGAAGGGCGGGCUGAAGGAGCUGUUCGGCAAGGGCCCGCAAAACGCUUUCUACCUGAUCAAGUUCUGGGCCGACCUGAACCACAACAUGCAGGACGACCCGGCGGCCUUCUACGGUGUCACCAGCCAAUACGAGAGCUCGGAGAACAUGACCAUCACCUGCUCCACCAAGGUCUGCUCCUUCGGCAAGCAGGUGGUCGAGAAGGUGGAGACGGAGUACGCAAGGUUCGAAAACGGGCGCUUCGUCUACAGAAUCAGCCGCUCUCCGAUGUGUGAAUACAUGAUCAACUUCAUCCACAAGCUCAAACACCUGCCCGAGAAGUACAUGAUGAACAGCGUGCUGGAGAACUUCACUAUUCUGCUGGUUGUGAGUAACAGAGACACUCAGGAGACCUUGCUGUGUAUGGCGUGUGUUUUCGAGGUGUCCAACAACGAGCACGGAGCACAGCACCACAUCUAUCGACUCGUCAAGGAAUAACACACACACACACACACACACACACACACACACACAUAUGGCCUUUGCUUGGUGAUUACUGGCGACAUUGGAAGUUUAAAAGUCUUUCAGCCAAACAACUCGAUUCAGCGAGCGAGAAAAAGCGGCUGCAUUUCCACUGCUGUUCACGAACCAUCACAGCAAUAAUUGGGUAAUUUUUAAUUAUCAGAUGUGACACACAGUAUGCUGCAGGACGUAAAUAUCAACCCCCCCCUUCCCACAAAUCUGAAAUACCAGACGCUCAUUAGCUGUAAGGAAGCACAGUGGCAGUGCAGCCACAGAAAUCCGACUCGACCUGGGUGGUUUUUCCCCAACAACAACAUCCCGACUGAUAUCACCAGGAGACGGCACGAGUCCCGCUGUCCAGUAAAUCUGUGCUUUGAGUAUUUCUGUCGUGUGUUUUGGGGAAAGUCGACCCAGGGAGUGAAAAUAAAAUACAAACAAAUUUUUGGCAUUUUUACCCCCCGUGAUUUAAAAAAAUGUGUGUGUUACUGACGGACACUGAAGCUCAGACCCUGUGUAUCAUCAAUGAACCCAAACCAGAGAUGGAAAUAACACUCCUGCAUCAUCAUAUAGUAACAGUAUACAGGUGGUUUGUACAGAUAACCACUGCAACAACAAAAAAUAAAUAAAUGUGCGAGCUGCAUUCUUGCACAAGAAAAACACAAAAAAACAAAAAGAGGUUUGUCCCAAAGAAAAAUCAGAUUUUUACCUUUUUGUAUGUUUUCUUUAAAAAUAAAAAUAAAAAAGACAGAAAAAAGAAUAGCUUCUAAAAACUUUGAAAUUGUUUAUCGAUAGAUUAUAUUUUAAUUCCAGGAACAACUAUCUAAAAAAAAAUUUAUGUUAAUAAAGAAAAGUAUAAAGUGAAAUUGAACAAUUCAGGUACCUUUAAGUGCAACAAGUGACUCUUCAUCACGAUUUGAAGAAAUAAACGAACGUGUUAAAGCGAUAAUCCUGUCAGCGCUACAACCAUGACGAUAAACACAUUCCUGUGAUUCCUUCACAAUAAAAGCCUCUCUCCUGUUUUGUCAGUUGGAUGAAAGUAAGCGGUGAAAUUCCAAACAAAAACGCUGGAUCAUAUGUUGAACUCCGCCACUAGCAUAGACCAUAAUGCUGUAAAAAAAAAAAAAAAUGUGUAUGUGAAAAUAUCAAACAUGUUGCCGUCGGUUCGUUGAGAAGCACUGUGAAUCUUUAAAACAACGUCGUUCAUGGUGCACAAGCGUCAAAACACGAUCAGGUUACACUUUAAAUUAAACUUAUUUCAGUAUUCUUGCACCAGCUAACUCGAGCUUUAACAUGUCCAUACUGACACACGUGUGUUCAAACCUGAAAUAUUAUCACGUCAUCGCCCUAAUCAGACGCCGUAACUCUAGAGCAACGUUUCUCAAACCGUGGAAUGUCUUAUCGUAACUUAAGUUUAAUUCAACAUCAGCGUGAUACGUAGUCGCGUUCAUGCAGGCGGAGCAGAGCUCACGUACAUCCGUGAUUAGUUGAAAUGUGAUGUUAAUUAACGGUUAAAAAUGUUAGAAAGAGAAGUGCAGAUCAGGAGUAACGCUUUCCACCAAAUCAGCUCUGAUUCUGUUCAGUCAACAACCAUCUGUAAAAAAAAAAAAAAAGGUAAUUAUGGUAAUAAACUGUUAUAAUAAAAAUGCAAAAACUUUAUCUAAUAUUACGAUAAAAGGAGUUAGUACUGUUGAUUCUAAGGUUGGUGUUUUACUCCAUAUUUAAAAACGUCUGUAGAUUUUACAGUGAAAAAACUGCGAUGACAGUAAAAGACUGUAAAAUAUACCAUCAAAUAUUACGGUAUUUCACUGUGACAGUCUCUAAUAUAAAACGCAACUUUAUUCUGUAGAAAUUACCUUAAAAUGUCAUAGAUAUAAGUUGUGCCAUUAAUAUGACUAUUACGGUAAAAUUCUGGCAGCUGUAGUUGCCAGAAUUUUACCGUAAAAACAUACUAGUGUUUUUCUGUAUAAUUAACAAUCUCUGAUACAAAAAUCUUUAUUCUGUAUAAAUUUCCUUAAAAUCCUGUAUGAAAUAUAUAUGACAUGGCAUAUUUUGCUGUCUUGGUUUGCCAGUUUUUCACCGUAAACUGCUGAGCAGGGUCGAGUGUCGGUCAUGAUGGUAUUUCUCGGAGAGUCGAAUAUUUUCUGAUAUUUCACACGGCGUAUAAAAGUUUGAGAAUCGCUGCUCUAGAGGACUUUAAAACGUUCGGAGACGCAGUUCCUGUUAAUCUGUCCAGGACUGGUUUCUUCUAAUUCGAUAAGAUCACGUCAGAAUUUAAAUCAUUUAUAAUCAAAAACAAAAAAACAAAAAAAAAAAACUGUUGAGGUGUACUGUAGCAUGUGGUCGGUGGUUCGUCUGUGUCAUGAAGUGCCUUUGGUUGAGAACAGCAGUUUUCAUGUCGAGUCCUGAUAAUUUGGUGUUGUAGAUGGUGUAUAGACAGACAUUUUAGUGAAUAUAUUAUAAUUAUAAUAAUUAGGUAUCACCUGCUCCAGUUUUCAGUGUCUGAGGGCUAAUUAUCCAAAUUCCAGAUUUAAUGGAUGUUUCUUGUUGUCGGCGUUGAACCACCCGAAAGAAUUUGAACUGCUCUUAAAUCCUGCGGGACGUUAAUGAGACAUUCUUGUUCACUUGGUAUUUUAUGGCGGCAUUUACACGUAUUUGUGUAUUACAUGUAUGUGCGACAGAUUCAUGUUGAAACAGGUCGCACGCUCGGUAUUGUCUCGUGUCUCUUUGAUAAACCUGUUUUAUCUUCAAACAAUAGGAACAUUUAGAAAACAUUCAGAAACCGUAAUCUCAACAAGAACAUUGAUACGACUCUUGCGUAAGCGGCUGUAGCUUCGUUUAGCAUAGCAUAACACUGGAAACGGGCUCCCUCAAAAACUGAUUAACAUGUUUAAUUUAUUUUAAUCCACACAAAAACUAACAAACGUGCUCACGUGUCUGCUAAAUGAAGUUAAGCUGAUGGUUGUCGCUCUGUAUUUACCGUACAAACGUGAGAUUGGUAUCGAUCUUCUCAUCAAACACUUGGCAAGAAGGCGAGUUAAACGUAUUUUACAAAAUAAGACUUUGCUAUGUUACAAGUAACACCCCACAUGGCUAAAACACACUUUGUGUCUCAAUUCGAAUACUUCUGUCAUACGUCUUCGACAAAUUGCAACCUGCGGGGCAUUAGCGCCAACGUUUGACUGCCAAAAUAUAAAGAUGAAACAUAUUUACAAUUUGUAAAUAUAAUUUACUGCAACCGCUUCACCUCGGCUGCCAUUUUUACAACGCCGGUGGUUCCACCACUUCCCCUACGCAGCCAAAAUGGCGACCAUUGAUGAUCGACCUCAACUUUUUGACCGUUAUGACGAUGGUGUUACUUAUGGACUCAAAAUUGCAAGUGUACGUAUGGAAGUACACGAAUUGAGACGCAGUCUUUAGUCGCAAAGUAAGCAGGAUAACUCAGAAUAACUAACUUUGAUGAAUAAAGUCCCGGAGGUUUUAAAACCUCAGAUUACAGUGUGCAGCUGGGAUGCUAUGUGGUGUCCAGAAUACUCAGAAACUUUUACGGUUUUCACCAGAACCGAAAGGAGCCAUCUGUUAAAGAGCUAACGGGAAAUGACUCAGCUCUGACCGUCAGUCUUUCAACUUUUGUGCAAAAAAGAAAAAGAAAAGAAAAAACACGUUAAGAUCUAGCACACAUCUUGAGUCUAAAGACUCCCGUGGGUGUCUCUCAGGGUUUCAAACCCCCCUCCCUCGUCCUCGAUGCCUUUGUAACUUUCCCAGAGUUUUGUCCCUCGACCAGACCUUCACAGCGGCAUGUAACGUGUACGUGAUAACCGAACACGCAGCCUCAGAGGGGUUGAUUUUGCAAUAAUGUGACCCCUCCGCCCGAGGACGUUAUCUACCACCUGCCUUACCAAAGAAGUCAUCACGUGACGGAGAAUACAGAGGAAAGGGGAUUUAUUACGAGCUACAAGCUUCUGCCAAAAAUAAAAUAGAAAAAA